UUUUAUCCAUCUUCUGAAUAAGUGGAAGGAAAUUAACCAUAUCCAUAUCACGGUUUCUUGCUAGUGUAGAGAAGACGAAGAAGAAGAAGAGGAAUAAAAACUCUAUAUUCAAAUUGAUCACAAACGGCAUUAUAGUAUGAAGGGUGAGGAAGCACAAGUGAUAAUAGCCGGAGCAGGGACUUCGGGUCUAGCAACCGCGGCAUGCCUGACAAGCCUAUCCAUUCCCUACAUAAUCCUCGAGAGAGACGACUGCGUCGCUUCUCUCUGGGCGAAACGUGGCUACGACCGCCUCAAACUCCACCUCGACAAACAAAUCUGCCAGCUUCCCAACGUUCCUUUCCCUCCCAGUUUCCCCACCUACGUCCCCAGGGAGCUCUUCCUUGACUACCUAAACGACUACAAAACUCGAUUCCAAAUCCACCCCUUAUACGGCAGGACCGUCGAGUCAGCUGCCUACGACGCUGCCUCGGAGAAGUGGAUUGUCAAGGCCAGGAACAACAACAGCCGUGACAUGGUUGAGGAAUCUUAUUCUGGAAGGCUCCUAGUGGUGGCUACGGGAGAAACUGCGCACCCUUUUGUGCCGGCCAAUAUUCAUGGCUUGGAGGGAUUUGGUGGGGAAGUUCUUCAUUCGACGGAGUAUAAGACUGGAAAAGAGUUUGAAGGUAAGAGAGUUUUGGUUGUUGGGUCUGGGAAUUCCGGCAUGGAGAUUGCAUUGGAUCUAGCUGAUCAUGGAGCAAAUACCUCAAUCAUUGUUCGAAGUCCGGUUCAUCUCCUAACAAGGGAGAUAAUGAGCUGGUGCGGAUAUUUGUUGAAGUAUUUACCAUUUAAGGUGGUGGAAUAUUUGGCCGUGAUGCUUAGCAGGCUUUUUUUGGGGGAUAUGACCAAGUACGGAAUACCUAGGCCUCAAGAGGGUCCCUUCACUAUGAAGCAGAAGUACGGCAAGUUCCCGGUUAUUGAUGUUGGUACCUGUAAAAAGAUUAAGAAGGGAGAGAUUCAGGUAUUGAAUGCUGAAAUCAAAAGCAUACGAGGAAAUGAGGCGCUGUUAAAUAAUGGAAAGUCUUACCAUUUUGACAGUAUUAUUUUUUGUACUGGCUUCAAGAGAUCCACACAUUUGUGGCUACAGGAUGAUUCUCUAUUGAAUGAUGAUGGAUUUGCCGAUCACUGGAAAGGAAAGAAUGGUUUAUAUUCUGUGGGACUAUCAAGAAGAGGGUUCUUUGGAGCUAACAGGGAUGCUCAAAAUGUAGCUAAUGAUAUCAAGUCACUUCUGUAACAUCACUUGGAGCAAAUUAGUUGAAUACUUUUUUUUUUUUUAAAGAGAGAAAAUUAGUAGUAAUCUUAUAUUGGGUUAGUUUGUAUUGAUUCUAGGAGCUCAAAAGCACUUAUUUAGCCAUCUAAAGCUAUCACGUGUAUUUUUUAAAAACUCAAAGAAGUGAUUCUUGGACAA